UGGCCGCAGGACCUGGCGGCGCAGGGCGGGCGUGUCCCGGGCUGCGGGCGCUCACCUGGCCCGUGUCAGGUUCCCGCUGGCACUCGCGCGUUCCGUGCCCGCACUGCGCUCUCCAGCACGGAAAAUCCCUCCGGACAUCUCCGGCUCCUGCUGCUGGGGACAGGCAAUGAAGCGAGUCAAGAAGUUCUGGUUUCUCCUUCUCCUGAUGGAUUUUUUAAUUUCCUUCCACACCACAGAGGCAAUUUCUGUGAUGGCCUCUCUCAGUUUGUUCUAUUUCAACAGCACCAGCAACAGGACGGUGUUUGAGCGCUGUGAAUGCGGCCUGUAUGGCUUUAACUCUCCUUACAUUGGUGCUCAGGGGGUGGUGGGCAUUCCAGCAGCUGCUGAUCACUAUGCCUGCGACAAAAAUACCGACUUCACUGUCACAGAAGCACCGUGGAUAGCCCUGAUUGAAAGGGGCAAUUGCAGUUUUGCUGAAAAAAUUCAGGUGGCAACCAGAAAGGGUGCAGCAGCAGCCGUGAUCUACAAUUCUCGAGGCAGAGGCAACAACACCCUCCUGAUGGCACAUCAAGGUGCUGAAAAGAUCGUUGCAAUUAUGAUUGGCAACCUGAAGGGCAUGGAAAUCCUGCACCGGAUUCAGAGCGGCUUGAAAGUCACCAUGGUCAUCGAAGUGGGCAAAAAGCGCAGUCUUUCCAUGAAUAUCUUCACCAUCCUCUUCAUCUCUGUGUCUUUUUUUGUUGUGGCAGCAGCAACUGUGGGCUGCUAUGUCUCUUACUCUGCUCGGAGACUCAUUAUGGCAAGGGCCCAGUCCCGGGAGCAGCGGCGGCUGAGGGCCAGGGCCAAGAAGGCCAUUGAACAGAUGGAGCUGCGCACCCUGAGGGAAGGGGACAAGGAAACUGGUCCAGAUGGAGAUUCCUGUGUUGUGUGCUUUGAGCAGUACAAACCGAAUGAUGUAAUGCGUGUCCUGACUUGCAACCACUUCUUCCACAAGACCUGUAUUGACCCCUGGCUUCUGGAACACGGGACGUGUCCUCUGUGCAAGUGUGACAUCCUCAAAGUGUUGGGUGUGGAGAUGGAUGUAGAACCACGGUCUGAGCCUGUGCAAGCCCCAGGAUCCAGUGGCCAAAGACCUCUAUCCACUGUCACUAUAGUUAAUGAAGAGGACAAUCUUAGUGAAACAGCAUCAUCUGGAUAUGAUUCUGUACAGGGACCAGAUGAAUCUGCUCAGGAGGCACAGGCACCAUCAGAAAAUGACAACACACAUCCUGUGAGUGAAGAGUCCCAGCCCUCCACUGUGACUGUCCUUUCACAUGGUGACAACCCAGGUUUUGAGGGAGAUGAAACACAAGUUUGUGAAAGCAGAAUUGUUUGUGAAGUCACAUUGUAAGAACAUGCCCAGCCAUGUGGUGCAAGCCUUCUGCAAGGAGCUGCCUACUGCCAUUCCAUAUAAAACAAAAGUUGCAAGACUGCUGCAGAAAAUACUGCAUUGGCAAUGCUUAGAUAAAUAGACUUGUCCAAAUAGUAA